AUAAUGAAGCCCUGCUGCCCUGGUCGCCUGACUCGAACAACCGGCCGCUUUGCAACCGCCCGCUGUGUCCUAAUCGCUCACGAACGGCCGCAGCAUCAGAAAUGCGUAAUAACCUUGGCGUUGCCGCCAGAUGCCGCGGCUUCUGUGCAGGAAACGCGCCCAAAGCUCACCUCGGCUGGGAUUCCCGAAGCAAAGGUUGACGCCAUCCUAGCCAAAUUCCAACUCCGGCAUAACAACUAAGGAGAACAUCAAGGAGCUGCGGCUUUACCUUUUCUUCCUGUUGGCGGGGAUGCUCUUGAGCGUCACUCCCGAGAGCAUCUCGGGAGUGACGCUUGCCUGCGCUUGCUCUCGGGAGUGACGCUUAGGAGCAUCCCCGCCAACAGGACAAGGUAAAGUCGCAGCUCCUUGAUGUCCUCCUAAGUCCGCUCCGCGGCUCUCUGGAAGCCGCAGGUACCUGAAUGGUGGGCCUCGUCCUGGGCCUCUCAACAUUCACCAUCCUGCCUAUCGUCUCUCAAUCUGAGAUCGUCGGCACCCACCCUACCUCCCUGUUGCGGAAGCUGACGUCUUGUGCUCCAACCGCGGCCCGCCCGGGCCACCCGAGAGAGCCCCAGCUGCGGCGUCCAGGGCGGGAAGCGGUGCACGACUACUGGCCUGCAACAAGGAGCUGAGACCCAUAGUGAGCAGCAGCUAGCACACACGCGUGCCAGCUUACAUGGUCUUGCAUCAACCCCAACAACGGACCUGGAGGACAGGCGGCGCUCGCUAUUGUGUUGCUUGAAUAUGUGGUGCGGCGGCUGGGACCGUAUGGCAAUAGGGGAGAAGGGGCUAGUUGGGGCACAGUUCGAGCUCCUCUGCAAGGCUGAGGACAGCAAGCUGUGGAACGUGGUGGUGGUAUCGGUAGCAGCACCCGGCACGAGGGUGGAUUUCCUGCGGGCAGCAAAGGCGAUUUCGGAGUUGUCUGCACAAGAGACUUGCGGGGUCGCACGGAUGGACGAGGCAAAAGGUUGGCGGGAUCACACUAAUGGU